UUUGACAGAUGUAGGCUCCGUGGAAGGUCUGGCUUAUCACAGAGCUUGGGAUACACUUUACUGGACGAGCUCUACCACAUCAUCCAUCACCCGGCAUACAGUAGACCAAAGCAGGAGAGGGGCGUUCAACAGGGAAGCUGUUAUCACCAUGUCUGAAGAUGACCACCCUCAUGUUCUUGCACUUGAUGAGUGCCAAAAUUUAAUGUUUUGGACUAACUGGAACGAACAGCAUCCGAGCAUCAUGAGAUCCACACUUUCGGGACAAAAUGCCCAAGUCAUCGUCAGCACGGACAUUGUGACUCCAAACGGCCUCACCAUUGAUCACCCAGCCGAGAAGCUCUACUACUCCGACGGCAGCCUGGGAAAGAUAGAGAGAUGCGAAUAUGAUGGAUCACACAGACAUGUAAUUGUCAGAUCUGGACCAGGUACUUUUUUCAGUCUGGCCAUUCACAAUGACUAUAUCUUUUGGUCUGAUUGGGUGAGACGGGCUAUCCUUCGUUCUAACAAAUACACAGGAGGAGAAACUAAAGUUCUUCGGUCCGACAUACCACAUCAGCCAAUGGGAAUCAUUGCAGUAUCCAACGACACCAACACAUGUAAAUUGUCACCAUGUUCUUACAUGAACGGAGGAUGCCAUGACCUUUGCCUUAUUACUCCCGAUGGCCGUAUCAAUUGCUCAUGCCGAGGAGAUCGAGUGUUAGUAAAUGACAACAGAUGUGUGAGUAAAAAUUCCUCCUGCAACAUGUUCUCUGAGUUCGAAUGUGCCAAUGGGGAAUGUAUUGAGUACCACCAAACCUGUGACGGCAUUGUUCACUGCAAAGACAGAUCGGAUGAGAAGCAGUCAUACUGUGAAAACCGAAGCUGUUGGAGAGGAUUCAGACUCUGUGGUAAUCACCGUUGCAUUCCCAACAAUAAAGUCUGUAACGAUGAAGAUGAUUGUGGUGACAACUCAGAUGAACUAGACUGCAAGAUUUCUACGUGUGCGUCCACAGAAUUCCGCUGCACAGAUGGGACCUGCAUUACUAAAUCAGCGCAGUGCAACCAAAUAAUAGAUUGUGCGGAUGCUUCAGAUGAAAAGAACUGCAACAAUACUGAUUGUACUCAUUACUACAAACUUGGCGUCAAAACGGCUGGAUUUAUAAGAUGCAAUUCUACUUCACUAUGCAUUUUGCCAGAAUGGAUAUGCGAUGGUGCAAAUGACUGUGGGGACUAUUCAGAUGAAUUAAAAUGUCCAGCUCAAAACAAACAGAAAUGCGAAGAAAACUAUUUUGAAUGCCAAAAUGGAAGAUGUAUUUCCAACGCUUGGGUUUGCGACGGACAGAGAGACUGUGAAGAUGGAAGAGAUGAGUUACAUUGUGAUACUUCCUGCUCAUGGAGUCAAUUUGCCUGUUCGAAAAAUAAGUGUAUAUCCAAACAGUGGGUGUGCGAUGGAGAAGACGAUUGCGGCAAUGGUUUGGAUGAAAGUGAGGAAUUGUGUGGUUCUGUUACCUGUGCCGCUGGCUUUUUUAGCUGCCCUGGUUCUCAUGCUUGUGUUCCCUCUCACUGGCUUUGUGAUGGAGAAAGAGACUGCCCAAAUGGAAGCGAUGAACUAUCAACAGCUGAUUGUGCUCCUGUAACAACUUGUGAUGAAAAUGCUUUUAUGUGCAACAACAAGGUCUGCAUUCCCAAGCAGUUUAUGUGCGAUCUCGAUGAUGACUGCGGUGAUGGCUCUGAUGAAUCUUUAGAAUGCGGUUACCACCAGUGUGGCCCAGAGGAAUUUAGUUGUGCAGAUGGGAGGUGCUUGCUGAAUUCCCACUGGCAGUGUGAUGGAGACUUUGAUUGUGCCGAUCACUCAGAUGAAGCACCAUUGAACAAAAAGUGUCGGAAUACAGAACAGUCAUGCAACAGCUCGUCUUUUAUGUGCAAAAAUGGCAAAUGUGUCCCCAAGGGAGCGCUGUGCGACACGAGAGAUGACUGUGGAGAUGGAUCUGAUGAGAGAGGAUGCCACGUAAAUGAAUGCUUAAGCAAAAGAGUCAGUGGUUGUUCCCAAGAUUGCCAAGAUCUCCCAGUUGGAUACAAGUGCAAGUGUUGGCCUGGAUUUCGACUGAAAAAUGAUGGGAAAACAUGUGUAGACAUUGAUGAAUGUCUAUCUGGCUUCCCCUGUAGCCAGCAAUGCAUCAAUACCUAUGGAACCUACAAGUGCCUCUGUGCAGAUGGGUACCAAAUUCAUCCUGAAUAUCCAAAUGGCUGCAAAUCUCUUUCAGAGGAAGACCCUUUCUUGCUUCUUGCUGAUCACCAUGAAAUCAGAAAAAUGAGCACUGAUGGACUGAACUAUACAAUGCUGAAACAGGGACUGAACAAUGUAAUAGCUAUGGACUUUGAUUACAGAGAAGAGGUAAUUUAUUGGAUUGAUUCCAGCAGAUCAAAUGGCAGCCGUGUAAAUAGAAUGUUCGUCAAUGGAAGUGAUGUAAAGGUAGUACAUAACACUGCUAUCCCAAACGCAUUAGCUGUUGACUGGAUUGGGAAAAACCUUUAUUGGUUUGAUACAGAGAAAAGGGUUAUUGAAGUCUCAAAACUGAAUGGCUUGUAUCCUACUAUUCUCGUCAGCAAAAAGAUCAAGUUCCCGAGAGAUCUGUCCUUGGAUCCACAAACAGGGUAUUUGUAUUGGAUUGACUGCUGCGAAUAUCCCCACGUUGGCCGAGUAGGUAUGGAUGGCACCAAUCAAAGCGUUGUCAUAGAAACAAUGAUUUCCAGGCCAAUGGCUCUAACAAUAGACUAUGUCAACAAAAGAAUCUAUUGGGCCAAUGAAAACCAUAUUGAAUUUUCAGACAUGAAUGGCUCUAACAGACACAAAGUUCCUUAUCAAGAUGUUCAAGGGGUGAUUGCACUAACAUUGUUUGAAGACUACAUCUACUGGACAGAUGGGAAAACCAAGUCACUUAACCGUGCUCACAAAACGUCCGGAGAGAACAAGGCUUCCCUGAUUAACUCUUGGCAUGCUAUAUCAGACAUCGAGAUUUAUCAUGCAUACAGACAACCUGAUGUGCCUGACCACCCCUGUAAGAUGAACAACGGGGACUGCAGUCACUUAUGCCUGUUGUCGCCACAAAAAUCCCACACGUGUGCCUGCCCCACUAAUUUCUAUCUCGCGGAAGAUAAAAAGACCUGCUUGUCAAACUGCACUGCUAGUCAGUUUCGCUGCAAUACAGAUAAAUGCAUUCCCUUUUGGUGGAAAUGUGACACGGUGGAUGACUGUGGAGAUGGAUCUGAUGAACCUGCUGAGUGCCCGGAAUUUAAAUGCCAGCCGGGGAGAUUCCAGUGUGGAAGUGGACUCUGUGCUCUCCCAGCCUUUAUUUGCGAUGGAGAGAAUGAUUGUGGAGACAAUUCAGAUGAACUCAACUGUGACACCUAUGUCUGCCUGUCUGGCCAGUUCAAAUGUACCAAGAAGCAAAAAUGCAUCCCAAUAAAUCUUCGCUGCAAUGGCCAAAACGACUGCGGAGAUGAAGAAGAUGAGAUUGAUUGCCCUGAAAAUAGCUGCUCUCCAGAUCAUUUCCAAUGCAAAACUACAAAGCACUGUAUAUCUAAGCUCUGGGUGUGUGAUGAGGAUUCCGACUGUGCGGAUGGAUCUGACGAGGCAAACUGCGACAAAAAGGCGUGUGGGCUUCAUGAAUUCCAAUGUAAAAACAAAAACUGUAUUCCCGAUCAUUGGAGAUGUGAUGGACAAAAUGAUUGUGGGGAUAAUUCAGAUGAGGAAAGUUGCAAACCGCAGACGUGCGCAUUGAAAGAGUUCCUUUGUUCUAACGGAGACUGCAUCUCAUCGAGAUUUUGGUGUGAUGGAGAAUACGACUGUGCAGAUGGAAGCGACGAGAGAAACUGCGAGACUGGUUGCUCAAAGGAGCAGUUCCAGUGUUCUACUGGACAGUGCAUAUCAGCUAAGUGGAAAUGUGACGGACAUGAAGACUGCAAAUCUGGAGAAGAUGAAAAAAAUUGUGAACCAGUAUCACCAACUUGUUCCUCAAGUGAAUAUGUGUGUGACAGCGGCGGAUGUGUUUCAGCCUAUCUAAGAUGCAAUGGAGAAUACGAUUGCGCUGAUGGUUCUGAUGAGAAUGACUGUGUGGCUGAAUGCAAAGAGAACCAGUUUCGAUGUAGGAACAGAGCCUAUUGCAUCCCUCUGAGGUGGUUUUGUGAUGGAGUUCAAGACUGUGUGGAUGGCAGUGAUGAAGAUAAUUGCGAGAGAGCAAAUAUAUGCAGAGCCGACGAGUUCCUGUGCAAUAAUACUCUCUGCAAACUACAAUUAUGGUUAUGUGAUGGGGAAGAUGAUUGCGGAGAUAACUCAGAUGAAGUGCCUGAAAUGUGUGUAAAGUUUCUGUGCCCACCCACAAGGCCUUUCAGAUGCCAUAACAACCGAGUGUGCCUAAGAACAGAACAGAUUUGCAAUGGAUUGGACGAGUGUGGUGAUAACUCGGAUGAAGCUUGCUGUGCAGCAAGACAAAAAGUGAAACCCUGCAAAAAGGACGAGUUCACCUGCAAUAAUAAAAAGUGCAUCUCUGUGGAUCUCCAGUGCGAUAAAUUUGAUGAUUGUGGGGAUGAAAGUGAUGAACAAGGCUGUAAAAUGGAGAUGGGUGAAUUCUCUUGUGAGGAUGAUGUAAAUCCUUGUGGAGACGAUGCCUAUUGCAAUCAAACAAAUACCCCUGCUGUUUGUCAUUGUAAGGCUGGCUUCCAGAGAAACCUGAAAAACCGACAGUGUGAAGACAUCAAUGAGUGCUUACUCCUGGGUAGCUGUUCCCAUCACUGUACAAACUUGAAAGGAUCCUAUAGAUGUUUGUGCGACAGAAAUUUCCUGGAAAGAAAUCACAGUUGUAUAGCACAAGACACAGAGGACCAAGUUCUGUACGUUGCCAAUGAUACUGAGGUCCUUUCUUUCACAUAUCCUUUCCGUCACAAUGCAAAACAUCAGCAGAUAUCUCGCAUCGCCUACAAUUCCAGGAUAACAGGGAUGGAUAUGUAUCUACAAGGGAAUAUGAUUAUCUGGAGCACACAGUUCAACCCAGGGGGUAUUUUCUUCAAUACGUUUCAUGGGAGAGGAGGAAAAGAAACCAAAAGCGGUUUGAUUUGCCCAGAAUUCAAAAGACCAAGAGAUAUUGCGGUUGAUUGGAUUGCAGGGAAUAUCUACUGGACAGACCAUUCACGCAUGCAUUGGUUCAGUUAUUACACGUCUCACUGGACCAGUCUAAGAUACUCCAUUAAUGUAGGGCAAAUACAUGGUCCUAAUUGCACGCGACUCUUAACACAUAUUGCUGGAGAACCUUACGCGAUUGCCGUCAAUCCCAAAAAAGGAAUGAUGUACUGGACAGUCAUUGGGGACCGGUCACACAUAGAAGAGGCAGCAAUGGAUGGGACUCUAAGGAGGAUAAUCGUGCAGAAAAAUUUGCAAAGACCAACAGGCCUUGUAGUCGAUCACUACAGCCAACGCUUGUAUUGGGCGGAUUUUGAGAUGUCGGUCAUUGGAACUGUGAAAAUGGAUGGUUCAGAUUUAAUGAUAGCUGUGAGUAGCAAACAAGGCCUACUUUACCCUCACAGAAUUGAUAUCUUCGAGGAUUAUAUUUAUGGAGCAGGCCUGAAAAAUGGCGCAUUUAGGAUACAGAAGUUUGGAAAUGGUGUUAUGGAAUACCUUAACUUAAAUGUUGAGAAAACGAAAAGCGUGUUAAUUUCACAUCAUUACAAACAACCAAACUUGCCUAAUCCGUGUCUGGAUAUAAAAUGUGAUUUCAUCUGCUUGCUAAAUCCUUCAGGAGCCUCCUGUGCCUGUUCAGAAGGGAAAAUUCUAGUAAAUGGAACCUGUAUGGACCAUAAUUCUGCAGAUGACUUAUGUAAACUGACUUGUGAGAAUAGAGGGAGAUGCAUUAUAAAUGAAAAAGGUGAUCCGAGGUGCCACUGCUGGCCAAGUUUUUCCGGGGAAAGAUGUGAAAUCAACCACUGUAAUAAUUACUGCCUGAACGGAGGGACGUGCACAGCAUCUGCACUCGGAAGACCAACAUGCACCUGUGCAGUUGGUUUUACAGGACCAAAUUGUGGCCGAAAAGUCUGUGAAAAUUUCUGCCAGAAUGGUGGUACAUGCAGUGUGUCUGCUGGCAACCAACCUUACUGUCACUGCCUUAAUGAAUAUACAGGAGAUCGAUGUCAAUUUCAUGUGUGCCACCAUUAUUGUGUAAACUCUGAGUCUUGCACCAUUGCGGACGACGGAAGUGUUGAAUGCGUCUGCCCUAUAAGGUACGAAGGGACAAAAUGUGAAGUGGAUAAAUGUCUGAGAUGCCACGGGGGUCUCUGCAUCAUCGACAAGAACAGUCAUGAUGUUAACUGCAAUUGCAGCAAUGGGAAGAUUGCCUCUAGCUGUCAACUGUGCGACGGCUACUGCUAUAAUGGUGGGACGUGUCAACUGGACCCAGAGACCAACAUACCUGCCUGCAUAUGCUCUUUGGGGUUUAAAAGUCAGCGCUGUGACCAGAAAGUCAACCCUUGUGAUUACUACUGUCAGAAUGAGGGACUUUGCACUAUAACUGCGUUUAAUGAACCCCAAUGCAAAUGUUCAGCCAACUGGUCAGGGAAGCAGUGUGAGAGGCCAGCUCCCAAGAGCAGCAAGUCUGACAAUACUAGUUCAAGAAGCAUUGCAAUUAUUGUUCCACUGGUUUUGUUGGUGACCCUCAUUACUACCUUAGUCAUUGGACUUCUACUUUGUAAACGAAGGAGGAGGGCAAAGACCAUUCGAAGGCAGCCUAUAAUAAAUGGAGGAAUGAAUGUGGAAAUUGGGAAUCCAUCUUAUAAUAUGUAUGAGGUUGACCAUGGUCACAAUGAUGGAAGUCUUUUAGAUCCAAACUUUAUAAUAGAAUUAGAUAAGUCCAGGUUCAUAGGGGGUGGGCCUACAGCUUACAAAAUUGCCCACAAAGCACCGCCUAUCUACUUAAAUUCUGAUCUGAAAGGACCGCUAAAUCCAGGGCCUAAUAAUUACUCCAAUCCAGUUUAUGCAAAAUUAUUUGUGGAUGGACACAACUGUCGGAACUCUUUAAUCAGUAUCGAAGAAAGAAAAGAACUUCUUCCAAAGAAAAUAGAUAAUGUGAUACGGGAGACUGUGGCUUGAUCUCUUCUGUUCCAGUACCUUUUUUACUCUGUAUAAAUGUAUAAAAUAUGAUUACUUUUCUAUGUACCAACGGUAUUACAAUUGUUUUGUCAUCAGCAUUACCUCUUUUUCAUUUUUUUGUUCUGCUGAUGACUUUAGACCGACCAUUUGUAUGGUAUUUUUAUGAAAAAUAUAUUGAAAAAAAAAAAACUGCACUACAGUACAAUUUCAAAUACAAUGCUGCUGUUAGGAGACACCCUUUUAUUUGUUACAAUGAAAGCAACACUAUUUCUUUGUGGUGUCAAAUGAAAAAAAAAAAUUUCAUUUUAUAUGAACUUUUUUAGGUUCAAUAUUGUCUUUUCAUUAAAUAAUCCAAAAAUAUUAAAUUGUUAUAAAUUGGUUGAAAUUGUAAGAGUGUUAUGAUGCAUUGAAAAUAUUUAACACGUGCCAAUGAGUGCUUAUUUUUUUUUUUUGUCCAGCUAAUAACAAUAAAGAGGUGGUCCAAUACUAGACAUUUGUUCUUAGUGGAUAAAAGUCUGUUUUGAUUCUUGGAAUAAGGAGGACACAAUUGUGCUUUAGCUGAUGACUAGUGAUGAGCGAAUCUGUCACAUUUCGCAAAAUGGCAAAAAAUCUGCAAAACUUGUGCCCAAUUUUGCCGCACAACAAAUUUCACAAAACAAUUCGCCCAAUGGCGAAAUGCGCUGCGAAUCCAUGCCUGCCGAAAAAAUUCGCUCAUCACUACUGAUUACUGUAAACUGUCAGAUACUUAAGAUGUACUGGAAGCUUAGUGGUAGGAUUUUACAAUAUAUGCAUUUUCUUCAAUAGAUAUUGAAGUAAUUAUGUAAUUAUUUUGACAGCUGUGCCACAGAAUUCUACUUUGUAUUAUUUGUAUCAGAGCUCUUAAAAAUAUCUUAAAGAAUUCAGUAUUGAAUAUUCUUCAAGACACUUCCAUUUUUACAACCGUAUAUCCACAAAAAACUAGUUUAUUUUGCUGAUUUGGUUAUCCCACACAAACACAAUCUAGAGGGUAAAAAAGGAAAAAUGAGUUAAUUUCAUAAACAUUUGAAGUUAUUUUUGAUCCUUAAGUCAUUUUGUUGUCCUUUUUUCCAAUAUUUUUUAAAAUAAAUACAAUUAAAUACAUACAUUUACUGCAUUUCUGGCUAAUAUUCCAGGUUUUACUCAUAUUGAAAAUGACUACUAUGUUUUCAUUGACCUGCCUACCAGUCCUUUUGAAUAUAAAACCAUAAACCUUCUCAUAGUUGGUCAUUACGGUAUCAUCAGAGAGCAAAGUGGGGUAAUGCAUGAUAUAUGUGACCCUUUUAUUGCAUAAUAUGAUGGAACUGUUGUGUUCCCUUUGAUUUGAAAAGACCUUUAAACACUUGAAGAUAUAAUGUAAGUCUUAAUCAUAAGUGACUAAAGGGCUAGCACACAGGGGCAGGGCAUAGCACAUGUUGAAAUAGGAAGGUAUGUUCUUGAUUCACUUUUGUCUCAUAUUUUAUGUGGAUGUUAGACAAAAAAACAACCUAAAUUAUAUGCCUAAGAGGAGUCUGUUAGAGGAUUGUAUAACUACUGAUUCCAUAAACAGCAUUGUUUGAGUCUUUCGUUCCAAUGGCAUCCAGAAAAUGAGACCAUUUGAUUUGUCAUCGAUACUUGGCCAAACUCCAACACGGCAAAACCAUCAUUGGCAUUUCCUGAUAACCGCAAUCCAUGUUUUGUUAUUUCAACUAAUUUCAACUUAUAACACACAAAAUGAAUCUAAAAAAUGGAAAUAUAAACCUUGUUUGGACAAAAUGAAUCUAAAAAAUGGAAAUACAAACCUUGUUUGGCUUUGGAAUCUCCAUUACUCCCAAGUAUAAGUCGGAAUAUUACUGAAUUUAUGAUGGAACGUUUCUUUUCUUUGGUGAACUUUGGAAAAAGUAGUAGAAAAUCGGGAUUGGCAAACUACUAAUGUCUUGAACCACAUGGUCUGGAUGGAUGUCUCUUACUGUUGAUCUGAUGAUAUCUACGUGGAAACAAUAUCACAUGGCUUGAUCCUUAUGCAAUCCAUUAUAUGGGAAUUAUGGGAAUGUAUAAAAAGAAAAGUCUCUCUUUUUCAACGUUAACACUUGGAGAAUUUAACAACAACAAAAUAUUAAUCUUGUAUGGCACAAGAACAGUGUGUAAAGCAAGAGCUUCUGGGUUUUUUUGGACCCGGUUUUCAUUUUAGUCAUUACAAAAUACAUCACUUUAAUGUGUUUGCGCUCUUUCCCUUUGUACAAGCAUUAUGAACAUGAAAAUGCUGUUUUAUAAGGUUUUGUUGUACUAUGUGCAUGCAUACUACCUAUUUCUAAAUUUUGCCAUGUUGAGGCCUUUCUAAAUAAUUGAUUUAUGUAAUAAGUGUGCAGUUCUGCCUGUUCAAUAUAAUACAUAUAAAUCUGUUUUUUUUUUCCCUUUUUCAGGUUUGUGUUACAAAAAAACUUAACUUUAGUAGUAUUUUCCUUUUGUUAUUUUACAAAUAUUUCUAUAAUGAAGUGUUAUUUUCUAAACUAAAAUGGUGGACUGAAUGAUUUAAUUGAAGCAAUGCAUAUAUCGUUAAAUGUAUCAGGCUGGUGUCAAACGAAGUCGUUAACUAACAGACAAAACAUUCUGUCCCAAAAAAUAAUGACAAUCAAAUAUAUUGUUGUUUUAUGCAAAACCAACACCAAGAAAACACUUAUAAGAAUUUAUGUGUCACAGUAUUUUGGAUUUUCAAAGGAUGUCCUUGUAUCAUGCUUAUUAAAAGAAACGUCAUAGUUUUUGAUAAAA